CAUUUCCCAGAAUGCCAAGCGCCCUGAAUGUUAACCCGGAUAUCCGCCCUGCGAGGAGAAACUUUGCCACACGUGGAUUUCGGAAGAGAAAGCGUGUUAAGAGACUUUUUUGAUAUAAAACAACAUCUUUGACAUCUUAUCUUCGAGAUGUUCCUGCAGUUUUACGUCAAUGAGAGCGGGGACAGAGUCUACACUCUGAAGAAGAUUUGUCCAGAUGGGCAGCCCACCAGCUCGGCCCACCCGGCUCGCUUCUCCCCAGACGACAAGUUCUCCCGACACCGGGUGACGGUGAAGAAACGCUUCGGCCUUCUGCUCACCCAGCAGCCCAUACCUGUUCUGUGAGAGAGAGAGAGAGAGAGAGCGGCGGAGAGAAAGAGGCGAGAGAUUGAUGGAUGGAUGAAGAGAUCAGACCAAGAAAUGGAGGGAUGAAGGCGAAGAUGGGACUAUAAAGCAAAAAAGUCACAUUCGGGAUCACAAUUUAUGAACGUGCAGCUGGGAUUUGUCCUCAGUUUCACCCAAAUGUAGGGGGGCUGUUCAUGCAUUGGAUAUCAGCUGUCGUUGAUGUUAUGGAUCUUCUUUUUUUAUUGACAUUCAUUUAAAGAUAAUGUUAUAAUUUUGUUUUCAUGCUGAAUAAAUGUUUGGUUGGAUGGUUCAUAGUCGGUUGAAUCUGUGUGUAUAAACUCCAGACGGGUGACAAAUUAAAUGAAUCAUACAGUAUGUUAUGGCCUUGACAGUCACCAGAUAGCGAACCCGAAUGAACACCUUGAGGGAGAUUUUCCAGUGGUGUGUUGGACAACCUCAAAUGAGAGAAUAUCUUUUGGAAGAAUGGUGUUAUGUUUAUGUCUCCUUAUGACACUUAAAUACUGAAGAAAAAACAUGAUUUAUAGACUGCAAUGUCAGGCCCAGUCCCAAGUUUUCUAGGAGGAUACGCGUGUCUGUGAUAAUAUGCAACAACCUGUUGACUGCAAAAAUGUCGUUGAAAUCUGAUUUUUGUGACAGAACGGGGAGGAAUAUUUUCUAUUUCUCAAAUAAAAUAACUUCGGGAAAUGAUA